CAUCGAUUUCGCAUCGCUUUGAUGGCGCCACGCGACCAGCAGGAUGGCAGCCACACAGUCGACUUGAGACGGGACGACUUGGAUCCUCAGGUGAGUCAGGGAUUGCUGGCGCAAGCGUUCCAGCGGCCGUCGGAAGCCUUCCAGCUCUUGAGCCAUGCGCCGUCGACUCGCCUUCGGCCCACUGUGCUAGGCUACAAUGCUGUGAUGUCGGCAUGCUCGCGACAGCAGAGUUGGCGUGAAGCUUUAGAGACCAUGAGCUUUAUUGAGAGGGAUGCCUUACAGCCUACGAUCAGAAGUUUCAAUGGCUGCCUCAGCGCCUACGCGAAAGCACGCCAUUGGGCGCGAGCCCUGCGCUUGCUGGAUGAAAUGCCGAAGCGCCAGGUGCGGCCCGAUUUGAUGAGCUUCAAUUCCACAUUGUCGUCCACCAAAUCCAGCUGGCAACAGGUCUGCCGGCUCUUAGCAUCUAUGGAAGAUCAGAAGAUGCUCCCUGAUACCGUCAGCUACACUGCCGCCAUGGGAGCUGCAGAGAGGAGCCAGCGAUGGUGCCUUGUGGUGGCAUUGCUUCAAGACAUGUCCAACAAGCAGAUUGAGCCAGAUCUGAUGUGGUACACCAGUUGUAUCAGUGCCUUAGCUAAAGCGCAUUGUUGGACUUUGGCGCUGGCUGCACUGGAGCAAGCAAAGCCAGCAGAUCUGAUGUGUUACAAUGCGACGAUCAGUGCUUUGGCCGAGGGUCAUCAAUGGACACGCGCUAUCAGUUUGCUCGCGGAGUGGAGUAUGGAACGGACUCCAGAUGUUAUCAGCUUCAAUUCCGCCAUCACCGCUUGCGAGAGGGCCCUGCAGUGGCAGGCAGCGUUGCAACUCUUGGAGGCGAUGGGCGAGGCAGCUCUACAGCCAAACCGGACUUCUUUCAACGCAGUCAUCAGCGCCUGUGAGACGAGGUGGCCCUGGGCACUUGCACUGCUGGCAGAGAUGGGGGAACCCGAUGUGGUGAGCUUUAGCGCCCUAGCAAGCGCCUACGAGAAAGCGUCGCAAUGGGCUCGUGCUCUGCUGGUGUUGGAGGAUGCGCGCCUUCAAGCGGUUGAACCCAAUGAGAUUACAUACUAUUCUGCUGUUUCUGCUUGCUUGCAUUCCUUGCAGUGGCAAGAGGCAUUCAGCUCUUGGGACCAAGCCCUUCACAACGGCUUCGAGGCCGAGCUGAGCAGUGCCACCAGGCGGAGGCUGGUCAUGGAAAGCGAGCAACGUGGCUUGUGGCAACGUCAAGCUGACUUGCUACAGGGCUUUGGCAAUGCAUUUGACAGACAUGGUAUUGGUGCCGUCUUGGCUGCCAGUGCUAUUGCGUUAGCCCCGCAGGAGACCUGCGCGCAUCGCUCCAUACGCCUUGAAAGCUUGGUUCGCUUGGUGCUGAACGCUGCGAAAAGGGGCUUCGUGGAGGAGCUGCAGACGGGUGACAUCGAGAAGGCCAGAGCUGUCUACGAUGCCCUCCUUAAGGUCGUUCCUCACAAGCAGUUCUCCUUUGCCAAGAUUUGGAAGCUCUAUGCAGAGUUCGAGGUCAGGCAAUUGGAGCUCGACCGGGCAAGGAAAAUCUACGGGCGUGCCAUCGCUGAGUGCCAGAAGGAGCGGAUUUUCUUAGACUAUGCCGACUUAGAGAUGCGAUUGGGCAACAUCGAUAGAUGUCGUACAAUCUAUGGCAAGUUCUUGGAGGUGCAUCCACACAAUCCAAAGGCUUGGACUGUCUACGUUGACCUCGAGGACUCAGUGGGAGAGAUAGAGCGAGCUCGAGCUCUUUGCAAUCUUGCCAUUACUCAGGAGCGCUUGGACAUGCCAGAGCUCGUGUGGAAGCGCUUUAUCGACCUCGAGUCGGUGCCGCCCAUCGUCCGUGCACGCUUUGGCCUGGAACAGCGCUGCGCCUAUCGGCAUGCGGAUCUCUAUGAUGAAGAAGUGCCCGAGGUGGACCUAGAGACGGUGAUUGCUAAACCAGAGCUGGGCGCAGAAUGUGCCGUCAAGAACUUUGUUCUGCUGGGAGAUCAAAAUGCUGGCAAGUCGACGAUGUUACACAGCUUUUGUCGAAGUGGAGACGCUGGAUUCAUGCAGCUCUCUUCGCUUCUGCCAAUUCUUUCCAGCUCUUUCAUCAACACCCGGAUGGUUCCCCACAGCUUGCUGGACGAUCCGGACGAGCCAUUGAGUGCGAUUCGGGAUGAGCUUCCCUACAUGGACACGGACAUUGCUCGUGGUUUGGUGAUGCUGACCCUGGAGAACUUUGGUUUCUUUUGUCAAGAGUUUGGCCUUUGGAAUCCUGCUGAACCAACUCCAAGCUUUUUGGACUUCGACCCUGAGGUGCGCUUCGUGGCGUUGCACUUCACGGAGCUGGGCGGGGACCACCUGGAUCGGCUGCUGCGCUUUGUGGGAAGCGGUGAAGGGCUGGAAGCACUGAAGAAGACAGAGGACAUUGAGGAUGAAUCCUUCUGGAAAGACAUGCAUGAGGUGCUCUUGGGGUCACUGCGCCUGUUGAGGGACACCUCCUGCCGCUGUGCCUUCUUCAUCAACUGCACCAGCCUCUUCUGCGAAGGCACGUUGCAGAGGAAGGCACUACGGCCGACGCUGAGGAAACUAAAGUUCUUGGACGAAGUGCUGGGUGGAAAGGAGAUCCUUUUCUAUUGUGCUCGCACCGAUGGUGUGCCUGUUACUAUGUUUGAUCCCCAGCGAGCCUGGGAUGAAGCCCUCAAGGAGCUUGCAGCCUUCGCAGCAGAAGAAUGCGGCCGACCAGAGCUGCCGUUGAUGGACAUCAUGCCGGACAGCGCGCUGCAUUGGCAACCGGACACAGCAUUGGAUGAAUCUGCAUUGAAAGAAGUGGUGGGAGAGGUCCCUGAAGAAGGAGAGAGUGCACCACUUUUGGCGUGGCUUCGCGCCUUUCUUUUGUGCAUGUUGCGAAGCCUUGGAUUCCGUCUUCAACUGGUGGCACUGGCUCCAGUGAGGAAUUACCAGGCGAGCCGGGGCCGGCAGCUCUGUGCGGCGAGCGUUGUCCGGAAUGUUGCAACCUUGCUGCAGCAAGGCUGUGCGAUGGGCGAUUUGGCAUUGGCGCAGGUGGCCGAGCUCCUGCUUCGCUGCGCGGCCCAAGCGAGAAGACUUGAGGGCGACACUCUGCACUGCUGGGUCACGCGCCAGGACCUGGCCACACACUUGGAGGACUGCGAAGCAGAACAGCAGGCAGUUCCGUUGCCCGAAGUGUCGGCCCUGAGUUCGUGGCCCAAAGUCACAGAUGUCCUGCUGCGCGCAGGCAUUUGUACCGCGAUGGCUGGUGAGGGUCUUCCACAAGUGACGCUCGAACUUCAUAGCAGAGACGGCCCGGUGGUCCGCAUCCGAGCGAUGCCUCAUGAGACCGCCCUCCAGGCCUCUUCUGAGGUGCUAUUUGUGACACGGGGAAAGGCCAGUGAGGCUACUGAGAAGAUCCCUGAAGCGAUUGGAUUGCCUUUUGAUGCAGAGUUCUUCACCCUUCUGACUUCAGAGGCUACGAUACAUGCCGUGGCAACUCAUUUGUCCUUCGGACCAACGGAGCAACGUUUUGCUUUUCAAUCUCCAGAGGCCAAGGAACAGAUGUCUAGUAUUCGCCGACGCUUGCGCCAAGAGUUGCAGAUGCUGCUGCGCGAGACCAAAAAAGUGGGACUCUUAGGCCGACUCUUACGUGGAGCCAGUGAUGCAUGGCAGGCUGAGAUGCUUUCAGAGAUGCCAAACUCGGAGGAAGACGAGCUCCAGGAGCGCGCACAGAAGCGCCUGUGUUUGACUUGGGGUGACGGCCAAGCAGAAGAAAUUGCUGCCCAGAUGCGAAGCUUGUCCGAAGAAGACGGCCUCAAAGUGUUGAUUCAGGUGAGCCAAGAGCAGCUUGACAAUGCCCGAAAGGUCUGGCAGCAGCUUCUCAGCAAGUCACACCAUGUCCGGGUCUAUAUCGCCUACAGUGACUUUGAGGCUUUCCAAUUUCUUGACUUCGAGCGCUACAAAACAGAUGAUGGACAUGCUGCAUGCUUAUGGUUUCGACAGCAAUGGGUUUGCCAAAGGGGAUUGAUCGGAUUCACAUUUGGUGUCCUGGCCCAGUGA